AUGAAUGCUAUACUAGAACACACCAGAGCCUCCAUCCACUCAAAACAUAAUAAUAGAAAACUUGUUUGGAAGACACGACCAAUAACAGUGGACCAUAUUGAUCUGAGACAAGUUCCAGCCUUUUUGAUGGCUUCGAAGCCGGAUCCAUUAGCCGGAAGCUGUGCCACAAACAACUUCGUCAGAGCAUAG